CAGCUCCAGACGGAGGGAGGCGGCGGCGGCGGCAACAGCAGCAGCAGCAGCCAGAGCCUCGCUCGCUCGCCGGGGACACUCGGCGGGCACGUCUCGGUCUCCUCCUCCGUCGCUGGCGGCUCCUCCUCCCCUCCCUCCCUCUUCGGUCUGCCGUGCAACAGUUUUCCCGAAGUUGCCAGAGGGCGGGGAAGGGAGGCAGUUGCGGGAGCCGGAGGGGGCACUUGCUGGGCGCGCGGGAGAUGCCCGGAGAAGGCGCUGCCGUCGUAGCUGCUGCUUCCCCCUCCUCCUCUUCGCCUCCGCGGUGUUUCCUGGGCCGGCGGCUGCCCCGCGCUUCGACAGCAGCGCCUGCUCCUCGUGGGCCGGAGCCUGCCAUGUCCCGCUGAAGGCCGGCCGGCCGGCGGCUGGGCACCAUCCAGCAUGGGCGCCAAGCAGACCAAGGGCUGCCCGCUGCCCGGCAGCCCCCAGGCCGCCGCCUCGGCCGCCCGCCGGAGGAUGCUGCCGUCGCCCCGGGAGCGCGGCGACUUCCUGGCCUCCCUCGUCGUGCGAUCCGGAGAAAAGUUUGGCAAGGGGGGCGGUGGCGGAGGGGGCGGCGGCGGCCUCCCCCCGUAUCACCGCCGGAUCGGCCUUAUCCAGGACAUGCUGGGGAUGGUCAAGCAAGGCAAGCAGGAGGAGGCCACCGACCUGCUCAAGCACCUGCGCCAGGACCUGGGCAUGGAGUCAACUUCGCUGGAUGACGUCCUGUAUCGCUACGCCAGCUUCAGGAACCUGGUUGAUCCAAUUACCCAUGACCUGAUCAUCAGCCUGGCCAGGUACAUCCACUGCCCCAAACCGGAAGGCGACUCUCUGGGAACCAUGGAGAAGCUCUGCAGGCAGCUGACUUACCACCUGAGCCCCCACUCUCAGUGGCGACGCCAGGGCAUUGUGAAGAGGAAGCCUCAGGCCUGCUUGAAAAUGAUCCUGGUGGGGAAUCCCCGGGACAACACCGUCGACCUGUCGGGCAUCCCCCUGACCCUGAAGGAGCUGGACCGGGUCAUCCCCUACCUCCAGCAGACCUCGGAGUACAUCGAGAACGUGGAGCUCUGCUUCACGGACCUGACGGACGAGGUGUUCCUGCAGCUGCUGCCCGUCCUGAGCGCCCUGCCCCACCUCUCCACCCUCUCCCUCAACGGCAACAGGCUGACCAAGGCUAUCCUGCGGGACCUGACAGAGGCGCUGAAGGACCCCAGGAACUUCCCCAGCAUGACGUGGAUCGACCUGGGCAACAACGUCGACAUCUUUUCCCUGCCACAGCCUUUCCUGGUCAGCCUCAAGAAACGCUGCCCCACCCAGGGGAACCUCCCCACCAUCCUGGAGUUCGGGGAGGGCCAGGUGAGUGACUUGGAGAGUCAGGAGGGUCUGCCUUCCGUGGAUGAGGAUGCAAGUGGCGGCAGCAGCAGCGUGGGCACUGCCAGUCCCGGAGAGCUGCAGACAGGCGAGGCGAUUGAGGUCAGGCUGCUGGAGAGUCAAGUGGCAGACGAGGAGGCAGGUCCCCUGGGGCUGCUUCAGACAUGAGGUGCAGGCACCUCUCACUUGGCCAGAAUGCUCUCGGCAGACACCCACCCAUUUCCCACCCCGGUGACAGCAGCAUCAGCAGCAAAGAUCUUGGCCCCAGACGCCACAGAUACUGAGGAGGGUCCUCUUUUGAGGACAAUAAACGAGUGGACAGAAAGAAGUGGUGUCGGGGAGGCAGGCUGCACCCUUCAGUACAUUAGUGAUGCUCUCGGCCCUUCAACUCCCAAGAUCUUGUGACAAACACAGAGGGGAGAUCUCUAGUGCUGCAGCCGCUUUAGUUCCAGAGAACGAAAGACAAACUGAGAAGGCAACACCACUACUGAGCCAGUCUUUGUCCGGUGUAGGUUCCUAGUUACGCAGAACUCUUCACCAGGACUUUCACGUUUGCUCAUUUUCUGUUCCUUAUAGUGGUUACAGAUUGAUUGCUUUUAAAAAAAAAGUUCCCAAGUAUUUUCGUGGUAGAAGUUUCAGGAAAGGAUUUUCAUCCUUGCAUCAAAGGCAGGGGGCCAGUUAUCCCACAGAACUGGGGGAAAUGCUGAUUUUUCAAAUGUUAGGAGUGCAUAUCAUCAGCCUGAUCCAGAAGAACUGGGAAAUUGCCUUCCUCUCCCCAUUCCCACAUGCAGCAGAGGAACAGACACUGUUCACUAGCACCAACAAUGCAAGAAAUAAGUGGAUUUUGCCUCUCCCCUCCCCUGCCGCUGAGUCUCACAAUUUAACACGCUGAGUUUCAGUGCAGUGAAGGCAGGUGCAAAAGUUGCUGCCCUAAGCCUCAGAUUCUAGGUCGGUUGAUCCAGCAAAGCAGGAAAAGCCAAACUCCCUUUGCUUCACUCUCCCCUCCAAAGCUGCUGGGGCUUAAGUGUGGCCUGCUUUGCUUCAGGGGUCACCAACAUGUGGCUUCUGGUGACAAUACCAGAGGGAAUCAAGCCAAUGCUUCCAGAUGUUCAUGUCGCAAUUGUGGUGUGAAAUAGCUGUCGUGUGUCAACAGUCUCUCCGUGUGGUGUCUUCGGUUCUUUUGGAUUUCCCAUCACUGUGACAGAGGAGGAGACCGUAGAGGGGAGUUACUAGUUUACAAAACGCAGCCCUGGGGCCUCCACUAGUGGACCGUUUGCCAGCUAAGGCCUUGCUGAACUUCAGCUCCAUGCGAGCAUAUUAGCUCUUGUCGUUUUCCAGUCUGCCUGUGGACAUGGUAAGCCACCACUCACUUCCCACUCCACCCAGCCAGGAUUAAGUCAGUAACCCCAUAUGCAUUAAGUGCUUUAAUUUGGGUAAACACCCAAUUUGAAACAGGCCCUGCACAACUGCCAGGAUCUUCAUAGAGGAAAGCCUAUUUCAGCUUCCAACACCUCUCUUCUCCACGGGGGAGGGACGGGGGACACUGGAUCAGGCUUAUUUCAGCUGUUUUCCCCAUGGCACAAAUGCAACUCCACAUUUUCAGUUGACCGGAGUGCCCACUUUUACACUCCAGAGGGACCAACCUAACCCUGCCCCCCACCCCCAUCGGUGGCUCCAAAUGUUGUCAUAGUUUGCAUGUAGCUGAAACUGUUUUUAUAUGCUUUGUCAAGCAGGCGUAACAAUAAAAGUAUUUUAUUUAAAUAGAA